AGCCAUCCUUUAAAAGGUGCAGGCACGAGUAAAAGUGACAUUAAGCUUCGUUUCGAAAUCAACAAAAAAUUGGGAUCAGGCACUUAUGGAAAGGUUUCCUUAGCCUAUGAUCACAAAACAGAGCGUGAGGUAGCGGUGAAAUUAAUCAAGAAAAGUGCAAUUGAAAAUAAACAGGAUUUGGUAAGAAUUCGAAGGGAAAUUAGAAUUAUGUCAGCACUCAAGCAUCCUAAUAUAAUACAAAUUUUCGAAGUAUUUGAAAAUAGAGAUAAGAUUAUCUUGGUUAUGGAAUAUGCGAGUGGUGGUGAACUUUACGAUUAUGUUGGAAAAUAUGGAUCACUUCCUGAGGCUGAAGCGAGGAGAAUUUUCAGGCAAAUAACAUCCGCAGUUCUGUAUUGUCAUAAGCAUCAAGUCGUACAUCGAGAUUUAAAACUUGAAAAUAUUCUUCUUGACCACAGCAACAAUGCAAAAAUUGCUGAUUUUGGUUUGUCGAACUAUUUUAGCGAUAAAACAUUGUUAACAACAUUUUGUGGUAGUCCACUUUAUGCUUCACCUGAAAUUAUCAAUGGAACACCAUAUAGAGGUCCUGAAGUGGAUUGUUGGAGUUUAGGCAUUCUUUUAUAUACUUUAGUUUAUGGUUCGAUGCCUUUUGAUGGUCGUGAUUUUAAUCGUAUGGUAAGGCAGAUUAAGCGAGGAGCUUACUUUGAGCCCGACACCCCAUCAACUGCAUCAAUGUUAAUUAGAAAUAUGUUACGAGUGAAUCCGGAAAGAAGAGCUGAUAUUUACGAGAUUGCUAAUCAUUGGUGGUUGAAUUUAGAAGAGAAUAUGCCUGUAAUUCAAGAAUUACCUGAAAAUCAAAUCACUGAUUCGACUCCAUUAAUUGAUCGGGCAGAAACAAUCUUGGUGCAAGAUUUGGCAGAUGAGACCGAUGUCUUCAUGGACUUUGGACAUUUGAGUGCAGCCACAAGGCUGAAGAUUGAAGAAUUUCGUAGACGUCGAAAGGAUGCUGAGGAUUAUAUUGAAAACUCACCUGUCAAGCCACCUAAAGCAAGAAAAACUGACAAGAUUGAAGAAAAACAACUAACAACUGCUGAAAAAAGUUUGCGCGGAGAGAACUUGUUCGAACAGCAAAAGCCAACGAGUAAUGUGUUGAAUGAUAUAAAAGACGAUUUUAAUGAACCUCUGGAAAGGUUAAAGCAGUUAGAGACACGCUUACAAAGUACCGCUAACAGAGAUAGUCGUACUAAGGACAAAAAUUUGAUAUCCAAUCCAUCCAGUGCAUGGCAAACGAUGGAAGUGACAAAAAGUGCUUUAUAUGCUCAAAAAAUUAAUCCGGAAAGACCGAAUGAUUUCGAAGUACCUCAUUUCAAAGCAAGUGGAUAUGAUUCAACACAUAGAUACAUUCCUGUAGAGACGAGACGACCUUCCUUUGUACCUCUGAAUUCUGAAGUUCCGUCACAUAGGCAUGAAAUUCGAGCAAUCAACAUUCAAACUUGGCGUAUGGAAACUGAUUUGCUUAAUAUGCUUAUGAAUCAGAUAUCUAGCCAUUAUACUUUAGCUAUGUCUCCAUUUAAGGUUUUGGAACAAAUGGAAAACGGCCCAGUUAGUAUGAAUUUAAUAGCGCGAAUAAAAGCUCAUCCACUUUACGACUCAAGACCAAUGGUGAAGGAAUUAUUGGAAUCGAUUAUUGCAGCCCAGCCACCGUCUGUGCAGAAGCAAGCUUCGAAAAUUAUACAGCAGCAAUCCCAAGUAUUCAUUAUAUGA